GCAGAUAAUGAGAUCACCAAUUACGUUGCAACUUUGGUGGACAUCACGCGGGAAAAAUCCACUACCGAAGAAAUUCAGUUUUUAGCUUUUUAUGAUCAGCUUACUGGUUUGGCGAAUCGCCGCCUGUUACUGGAUAGACUUAACCAUGCUUUAGUUUCACACGCAAGAACUGGCCGCGAUGGCGCAUUGUUGUUCUUAGACCUUGAUCACUUUAAAUCGCUCAAUGACACCUUAGGACACGAUGUCGGUGAUAUGCUACUAAAAGAAGUAGCGAAACGCCUUACCGCUUGCGUACGUGAAGAUGACACCGUUGCCAGACUAGGUGGUGAUGAAUAUGUGGUAUUACUUGGUAACCUCAGUGAAAAACCGCUAGAAGCUGCUAGACAAGCUGAAGUGAUUGGCACAAAAAUACUUAACGCCUUAAACAAACCCUACCAAUUAGGUUCGCAUGAGCAUCACAAUACCCCCAGUAUUGGUGCAGCAUUGUUUAGUGAUCACGUUGAAUCGCAAGAAGAAUUGCUCAAACAUGCUGACAUCGCGAUGUAUCAAGCUAAAAAAGCUGGUCGUAACAAUCUGCGUUUUUAUGACCCACAAAUGCAAGAAGCGAUUCACAAGCGCGUUGAGCUUGAACGAGAGCUUAGAAAAGCCAUUGAAAAAAGACAACUUGAAUUGUAUUACCAAAUUCAAGUCAACCACGCUAAAGAAAUUAUUGGGUCAGAAGCAUUAGUGCGAUGGGUGCACCCUACGCGCGGCCUUGUAUCGCCAUUACAGUUUAUUCCAUUAGCAGAAGAAACUGGUUUAAUCUUGCCAAUUGGCCAGUGGGUAUUAGAUAGCGCUUGCGCACAAAUUAAAGAAUGGCAGAAAAAUAAGUUCACACGUAAUCUUGUUUUAUCUGUGAAUGUUAGCGCAAAGCAAUUUCACCAAAAUACGUUUGCUAAUCAAGUAAAAUCGACCCUACAGGUGUACGGCAUAAGCCCAAAACUGUUAAAGAUUGAACUCACCGAAAGUAUUUUAUUAGAAGAUUUUGAUGCCACUAUUGUCACGAUGAACGCGCUAAAAAAAAUUGGCGUGUUAUUCUCUUUGGAUGACUUUGGUACAGGUUACUCAUCAUUACAAUAUCUUAAAAAACUCCCCUUAAGUCAGCUUAAAAUUGAUCAAACAUUUGUGCGCGAUAUAUUUACCGAUAGUAGCGAUAAAGUGAUUGUCGCCACCGUUAUCGCCAUGGCAAAUAGCCUAGGUUUAGAAGUGAUUGCAGAAGGCGUUGAAACUGCUGAACAACAACAACAACUGUUUAAGUUAGAUAAUGCCUCUUUAGCUUUUGGCCAUCACGCCCUGCUAGAUAGCGCUGCUUUUCAAUUAGACGCUGGCGAGCGCGUUGGCUUAAUUGGCCGCAAUGGAGCGGGAAAAUCAAGCUUGCUGAAAGCCAUUGCUGGCACAAUUAAGCUGGAUGAUGGCAUUAUUUGGCGCGCACCCAACGUGCGCGUGGUGUAUGUGCCACAAGAGCCUGAACUUGACACCUCACAUACUAUUUUUGAAGCGGUGGCCGAGGGUUUAGGCACGCUACAACAAACCAUCAUUGAUUACCACCAAGUCACCCAUGACAUGGGCAUGCCAGAUGCAGAUAUUGAAGCACUGAUGACAAAAAUGCAGCAUUUGCAACAUGAUAUGGACGCGCAAAAUGGCUGGGCAGCACAAUCCCGUGUUGAAACUGUGCUUAGCCGCUUAAAUUUAGAUGCAGAUGCGCUCAUUAGCACACUUUCUGGCGGCUGGCGUAAACGCGUCGCUUUAGGGCGUGCUUUGGUGGCCGAGCCUGAAGUGCUUUUGUUGGAUGAACCCACCAACCACUUAGAUUUAGAAGCCAUCGAAUGGCUGGAAAAUUUGCUAUUAAAUUUUCAA